GAGGAGCGCCGCGCUGGUCGGGGGGCGGCGUGUCCCGGAGCGAGGGCGGCCCCGGUGCAGCGGAAAGGCGACCCCGGGAGGAGGAGGACCUGGUGGCCACAGCCUUCGGGGUCUGCAAGGUGCCCCGCUUGCCUCCUUUCUUGCCCUCACAGGCAGCUGAAGUGGGACCCACGAUCCGGACCGCUCCUCUUGGUGCCGGCGUGGAAAGCGCUGCUGUGCAGCCUUGCCAGGAAACAGUCAAGUUGCUUAAUUAAAACAGACUUCUGUUGGAGUAUUAUUGCCUGUUGAGAUCGCUGCAAGGCUGCUAAAGAGGUCUGUAUUUCCAAAAGUGUUUUUUGAAUUUCUUUAAUUUCUUCCAUAUUAAUUUCUUCCAUAUUGGCAGUGAUUUCGCAGCCUUGGCAGGGGCCCAAGAGUCCCAGGAACAAAGGCACAAAGAUGGGCGUUAUUUUGGAAGUAGUCCAACACACAAGAAGAUUACUUCUGUCGUUCAAUUAAACAUUCAUUUAUUGUUUUAGUUCUUGCCCUUGGAGAGAUUGAAGAAAAAAAAGAUCUUUUCCUUACUUACAAAGAGCUCUGUGUCUCUCAUGUUAUUCGCCGCCUUUCAAUUCCGUGGUGGGGGGGGGAAGAAUUCUUUCCCUCCUCCAUCUGAAGGGCUUUCUGUUUCUUUUUUUAUAUCAAUUAGCAAACAAUGCAGCUUUUUCCACGGGUAUCAUUGCAAAAAAAAUAAAUAAAUAAAAAUAGUUCCCAGUAGAUCAGAUGCUAAUAGCUAAUGUAGACUAAACAAAAAGUGCAUGCCGAGGACUUACAGAGAGCUGAGAUCUCUCCUGUACCAUCCAGCUGAGAAAAGCUUGAUUUUCUCCCAGGAAGCGCAGCAUUGCCAUUCAAACACCUGCUGGGAGCUUUGCCAAGCAAUCUGCCUUCACCCCUACAGGGCUUAGAUUGGGCCCCCACAGCCCACCACCGGGCAGAUACCAGCGUGAUAACGGAGCCCCGUUAAUCACAUCUGUCUCGUCCCGACGCCAUGCUCGUCUCUCCCAAGUUGGCAUUUUUCUCGCCAACAUCUCCAACAUUCCCCCUUCUGCACUUUGGAAGCCCUGCCAAACCAUCACCCCUAACCAUCACUCAGCCAGGCUCCCAUCAGCCAAAACAGAAGGAAACAAACCCUGCUCUUCUUCACAGUGAGAGCCUGGGUGGAUGAAGGUAAGAGCUCUGAAGAUAAUUCGAAGGGAACCACAUCAGCUUCAGGGUCACACCAAGCCCGGCUCUGCCCCUGGCAAAACACGUUUCCUAGCCGUAUUCUCGUUCCACUGCGGUGACUGCGAGUGGCUGUGCUGUGCUUAGAUUGGGCCCCCACAGCCCACCACCGGACAGUUGCCAGCGUGAUAACGGAGCCCCGUUAAUCACAUCUGUCUCGUCCCGACGCCAUGCUCGUCUCCUCUCCUGUUUGCCUCUCCUGUUUGCUCCAGGAGAGUGGUCUAUAGACUGGAUCCUUGGUCCUUGUUGUUCCUGCUUUGUUCCUGCAUGCACACAUUUUCUUAUGCGUACACAUUUGUAUUUUAUUAGUGUUGCUCAAGAUUGCAAGUACCCACUAUCUUUCUGGUGCUUUGAGCUAAUCUUUUGCAGUCAGUGCAACACACUUAAAGUUGCUUUUACUUUCUUCCUGGAGACGUUAAGUUGCCUUGCUCCCUAGAGUUGAUCCAGAUCCAAUUUUAUGGAAUCCUGGAGAAACCUAGGAUGCAACAGGGCUUAGAAAAAGAAAAAGGGAGAAGAGUGGAGAUGCUGAAAUGAAAAGUGCCAACUUUGUCUUGAGUUCAGCUGAGUUCAUCAGUUUCAGCCUUUCCGUCGUAACAAGAUUUUCAUUUUCUUUUCUUCACAACCAGGUGAAUAGCCAUAUCUAGAGAUUAUAUGGAUCCCUGUGUCAUACCAGCAGAAACAAGUGGGCUUGAAGUGUUAAAAGACAUACCAAUCUGUUAAAUGGGAUCAAGAAAGCACUAGGAAAACCAUGUAAAGAACAAGAAGAAAGCAAGCCUGCAUUUCUUAGGUGUUGAGAACCAUAAACCCUUUAUUCCUGUAGUUCACAAAUGCAAGAAAAGGGAAAUGUUUCUGACAAAUUUAAAAACAUAGACAAAAAUUAAUUCAAAUUACAGAAACCAAAAAAUACAGAACGAAUAUACGGAAUGUUAGAACAGCAUCCCUGUAGUAAUGACAUUUCCUCGAUUUCAAAAAACGCGAGGACCCAGACAGAGGCCCACAGAGCCUCGAUCCUCUCGAGGACCCAGACGAGCACAUGAAAUGUGAGGAUAGCCUCAGGAGAGCAAAGGUCUCUGGUAAAAACAAGGGUCCAACGGUUUGGGAAGCCAUAUAGGAUCAUGGAAUGUUGGCAGAGCUUAAGUGAUGGUGCCAGUCUUGUUAAAGAUGAAACAGUCCGCAUUGGAAAGCAACCGUAUGAAUUCACGGAAAGUGAAAAAGGUUUCAUCAUAUGUGCAGAACUUAAUGAACAUCCGGGAAUGCACGUGGAGGAGUUGCCAUUUAAAUGCAUGCAAUGUGGAAAGAGCUUUAUAACGAAUGCUAAACUUAUUAUACAUGCAAGAACCCACACUGGGGAGAGGCCUUACAUAUGCAUGGAAUGUGGGAAGAGCUUCAGACGCAAAUGUGAUCUUACCGUACAUACACGAACACACACUGGGGAGAAACCAUAUAAGUGCACAGAAUGUGGAAAAAGCUUCAGUGAAAGUGGUGUUCUUGCUAGGCAUCAGAGAACCCACACUGGGGAGAAGCCAUAUAAAUGCACGGAAUGUGGAAAGAGCUUCAGUCGGAAACAUCAUCUUGUUCCACAUGCAAAAACUCACACUUGGGACAGACCAUACAAAUGCAUGGAGUGUGGAAAGAGCUUCAUUGACACAGGAAAUCUUGCUAAACAUCAGAGACUGCAUACUAGGGACAGACCAUAUAAAUGCAUGGAAUGUGGAAAGAGCUUCAUUGGGACUGGAAGUCUUGCUAGACAUCAAAGGAUUCACACUGGGGAGAGGCCUUAUAAAUGCAUGGAGUGUGGGAAGUGCUUCAUUGAUACUAGAGGUCUUUCUAUACAUCAAAGAACACACACUGGGGAGAGACCAUAUGAAUGCAUUGAAUGUGGGAAGAAUUUCAGCCAGGAACAUCAUCUCACUCUGCAUGCAAGAACCCACACUGGAGAAAAGCUGUAUAUAUGCUUGGAAUGUGGGAAAAGCUUCAGUCGGAAACAUCAUCUCACUGUACAUGCACGAACACACACUGGGGAGAGGCCAUAUCAGUGUAUGGAAUGUGGAAAGAGCUUCAGUGAAAAUGGAACUCUCACUCAACAUCAAAGAAUCCACACUGGGGAGAAACCAUAUAAAUGCAUGGAAUGCGGCAAGAGCUUCAGUGUAAGUGGGGUUCUUGCUAGACAUCAAAGAAUACACACUGGGGAGAGGCCAUAUAUUUGCAUGGAAUGUGGAAAGGGCUUCAAACGGAAACAUCAUCUUGUUCUACAUGUAAGAACUCACACUGGGGAGAGGCCAUACAUAUGCAUGGAAUGUGGAAAGAGUUUCAGUUUCAGUGGAAGUCUUACUAACCACCGAAGGAACCACACUGGAGAGAGGCCAUACAAAUGUAUGGAAUGUGGGAAGAGCUUCAGUGAGGGUGGAAGUCUUACUAAACAUCAAAGAACGCAUACUGGGGAGAAACCAUAUAAAUGUAUGCUCUGUGCAAAGAGCUUCAGUUGUCGUGGAAGCCUUAAAAAGCAUGAACUAACCCAUCCAAGAUGGAUGGACUUCCAAAGCAGGAUCAAUCUGCUGUCCAAAAUGAACCACAGAGAAUCCAGAGAAGAGCUCAUUUAUCAUGGAAGCACAAGGCAGGGGUCUGGAAACUUGACCACAUAGGAACCUUGCAGUAUUUGACAAACAUCCCAUUGAGUCCAGCACCUACCAAGUGUGAAAACAGAACUAGAAACAUCCUGUAAGCCUCCCUGCCAACACUAAUCUUGGGAGAGAGUGACUUUCGUAAGAUGUUCAAACUGAAUCUCAAGGACAUGCCAAGGAGAGGUGGGUGAACACGAGGCAGACCUCCAGCAACACAACACAUCUUCCGUCUGAUCUAAAAUUACUUGGCUCUGGGAAAUUUUCUCAUGAACCCUUACAUCUUGCCCCUCCUGUCAAU